UAAUGAAAAUACCGAGGAAAUAUAUGCAUUAAAAGUUUUUGAGAAUAGCACACUUAUUAGCAAAGAAAUUGAGAAUGAACUAGAGAAUUUGCUUUCUGUGGAAUCUCAUCAAAAUAUAAUUAAAUUUUAUGGCGUUACUAAAUUCGAAGAUCGUAUGGAUGAAGAUAAAAUCAAAUAUGCAUUUGUACUUGAGUGCGCGGAUGGUGGCACUUUACGAGAUUAUUUAACCAAGAAUACAUCUAACAUUGAAUGGGAAUUAAAAAUUCAAUUUGCAAUUCAACUCGUGGGACUAUCAGUUCCUAGUACGAUUAAAAAUUACAUAUCUGAUAAUGGUGAAACUGAGGAUAAUAUUUUAAAUUGGUUAUAUCUUAACAAAAAUGAGCCAAAAUAUAUUUGCCUUCGUGGGAUAUUUUAUAUGUGGGGUAUUGGUACAAAAGAAGGAAAAGAAAGUUCUAUUAAAGUUCUUGAUCUAUUCCUUGAUGCAGCGAAUAGAAACGAUGUUGUUGCUCAAUAUUUUGCCGGAAGAUGUUACGAAGUUGGCUGGGACACCAAGAAAAAUAUGAGAGAGGCAAUUAAAUGGUAUAACAAAGCAACUAAAAAUGGAUGUGCUGCAGCAGAACGAAUUCUUGGAGAUUAUUGUUAUAAAUGUCAAGAAUAUUCCAAAGCAUUUACAUUACUUAAAAGCGCAGUUGAUAAUGGAAAUAUAAUGGCAAUGCACAACUUGGGAUUAUGCUACAAAUUUGGCCAUGGGGUAAAAAUCGACACAUUCCAAGGAUUUACAUUACUUAAACAAGCUGCUGAUAAAGGAGUACCAAAUUCAUCAUAUGAACUUGCCCGAUGUUACGAAUUUGGCAAAGGAACAGUAGAAAACUUCCGUGAAGCACUAAAUUGGUAUCAAAAAGCUACCGAUGAUGGUAAGAAUUGCCAUGACGAACGAGAGCGUGUCAUGGUUAAAAUUAGGAUGGAGCAAUCCAGG